CUUAUAUUUUCUCUCCAUGCAUUUCACACAGUUUCCAAAUGUUUUUUUAAUUUUUUUUUCUUAGCUAAAUUAGCAUUUCCUGAGAUAGAUCUGCAGCUCAAACUAAAUAAAUGGUCUUAUUUUUGCAUUACUUAAAUUUUCAUCCUUUUUUUCCGUGACUAGAAGAAUCUCUCUCUACAAAACUGGUUUGAAUGAAUUUGUGAAAAUCUGUGAUGUUGUUGGAAGUGUUUGGAUUUGUUUACUUCAAUUUGUGUGUUUUUUGCUUCUUCUUUUUUUCGAAUAACAGCUCAUUUUCAGAUAAGAAGAGCUAGAUUUACUGUUUUAUUAGAAAAACAGUACAUGUUUUUGUUAAAUUGUGAAUGAAGAUCUGAAAUCAGUCUCUCUUCUUUUAAUUUUUUUUACGUGAUCAAAUAAUUAUGUGUGUGUGUGUGUAUUUUCCUAAAAAAUGUAUAAACACACACACAUACAUACCUAGAUUUCUAAAAAAUGUUGUGAUUUUAGGACAAGAUCUGAUGAUGAGUUUAUGUUCAUGUUCCAAUCUUCUUAAAUUCAACUGAACAAAGAGCAUUUCUGAAUUUUGAGCAAUUAUUUACAAUUUUAUUUUGCUUUCUCUCUUUCUCUCCCAAUUAUUGGGAGGUAGCUAGGGUUGUUGAGAGAUGGGGAGGGGCAAGAUCGAGAUAAAGAGGAUCGAGAACAACACCAGCCGACAGGUGACCUUCUGCAAGCGCAGGAAUGGCCUUUUGAAGAAAGCUUAUGAGCUCUCCGUUCUCUGCGAUGCACAAGUUGCUCUCAUCGUCUUCUCCAGCCGCGGCCGCCUCUACGAAUACGCUCACAACAACUGCAUUACAUCAAUCAUUGAGAGAUACAAGAAAGCAACUCUAGAUGGUUCAAAUGGUUGCACUACUCAAGAAAGCAAUACUCAAUUUUACCAACAAGAGUCCAGGAAGUUGAGCCAGCAAAUACAGAUGCUCCAGGACACAAACAGGCAUCUAAGGGGUGAAGGUUUGAGCUCUCUAAAUGUGAAGGAGUUGAAGCAGCUGGAGAGUAGGCUUGAGAGAGGCAUCUCAAGAAUCAGGGGCAAGAAGCAUGAACUUAUCCUUGAAGAAACUGAGUGUCUGCAGAAAAGGGAAGCUCAGCUGGAGCAGGAAAAUGCAUCGCUCAGAGCCAAGAUUCUAGAAAAUGAGAAGCUUCAGCAACUGAGCAUGAUGCCAGGUGGGCAAGACUUUGCCUUACAGGCAUACUAUGCAAGAAAUAUGCUGCAACUCAACAUGAUGGAGUGUGGAUCUGGCUAUGAUGCAGCUUCUUCAGACAGGAAAACCGUUCAUCUUGGGUAUUAGUUAAGUGAAUUUGUGAAAGAUUGGUCAUGCAACUAUGAGGCUGACUGCAAGUAUGGGAGGUAACAUGCUUAAGGAAGUAGUAAAAAUCUUAGUAUUUCUAGUGUUCAAUUGGAUCUAGUAUAAGUAGUAGUGCCUGCCGUUUGUGGCUAUGGAUGAUGAUCUUGAUCUCAUCAAGACUUGAAUUUGCUGAUUUGUUGUGUUAAUUUGUGGUCGGAUAAUUUCUUGAUCAGUGCACACAUUUCUUCUCUUAUGUCA